ACAAAAAUAUAAAUUGCUAGUGUUAUUUCGUAGAGUAGCUCAUGGCCGGCCUCCAAAUUUAUCGUGUUUAAAUUAAAGAUUUAAUAAAAAUUUCGAUUUGACCAUCCAAAUUUUCAUUGUGUAACAUCAAGAGAAGUUUAAAAACAGCAAAAUGCGCGAGUGUAUAUCGAUGCACGUGGGCCAAGCGGGCGUCCAGAUGGGCAACUCCUGCUGGGAGUUGUAUUGUCUGGAACACGGUAUCCAGCCGGACGGGACCAUGCCGUCCGACAAGGCUUCCGGUUCUAACGAUUGCUUCAGCACCUUUUUCAACGAGACGAGCUCCGGCAAGAUGGUACCGCGCGCCGUGAUGAUCGAUCUCGAGCCGACUGUCGUUGAUGAAGUUCGGAUGGGAACGUACAGACAAUUGUAUCACCCGGAGCAAUUAAUUACCGGCAAAGAGGACGCCGCCAAUAAUUAUGCUCGCGGUCAUUAUUCCAUCGGCAGUGAGGUCAUCGAAUCCGUGAUGGACCGAGUGCGGAGACUGUCCGAUCAGUGCACCGGCCUGCAAGGUUUCUUCGUCUUCCACUCGUUCGGGGGUGGCACAGGUUCGGGUUUCACGUCUCUGCUUAUGGAAAAGCUGUCCGACUAUUACGGCAAGAAGAGUAAAUUGGAAUUCGUCAUAUAUCCAGCGCCGCAAGUAUCUACCGCCGUGGUGGAGCCUUACAAUGCGAUAUUAACAACGCACACGACAAUCAGUCACUCUGAUUGCGCGUUCAUGGUGGACAACGAAGCGAUCUACGACAUUUGUCGGCGCAAACUCGGCAUCGAGCGACCCUUGUACGCGAAUCUGAACCGGUUGAUCAGUCAGGUGGUGUCGUCGAUCACCGCGUCCUUGAGAUUCGACGGCGCCCUGAACGUCGACCUGACCGAGUUCCAGACGAAUCUGGUGCCCUACCCCCGCAUACACUUCCCCCUGGCGACCUACGCCCCGGUGGUGUCCGCCGAAAAGGCCUACCACGAGGGCAUAUCGGUCGCGGAGAUCACCUCCGAGUGCUUCGAGGCCGCAAAUCAGAUGGUCAAGUGCGAUCCGCGCGAGGGCAAGUACAUGGCCUGCUGCCUCCUGUACCGCGGCGACGUCGUGCCGAAGGACGUCAAUGCCGCGAUCGCCGCUAUGAAGGGCAAGAGCUACAUCCGUUUCGUCGACUGGUGCCCCACAGGUUUCAAAGUUGGGAUCAAUUAUCAACCGCCCACGGCUGUGCCAGGCGGCGAUCUCGCGAAGGUUCAACGAGCUGUCUCUAUGCUGUCCAACACGACGGCUAUAGAAGAAGCGUGGGCCAAGCUCAAUCGUAAAUUCGAUCUGAUGUACAACAAGCGGGCGUUUAUUCACUGGUACGUAGGAGAAGGUAUGGAGGAGCUCGAAUUCGCGGAGGCGCGCGAGGACCUCGCGGCACUCGAGAGGGAUUACGAGGAAGUCGCCCUCGAAUCGCCGUCCACGCCGGACACACCGUUGGAGUAUUAAUGCGUUUUUGGAAAAUCUUUCGGAACAGGCCGGCACAUUCUUUUUUUUUUCCUUUUUUUCGUUGCCCGAUCACAAGGCGGAAAUUACAAGAGAAAUGUCACAGCUCUUACGUUAAAUUUUACGUAGAAAGAUAUAUUUUACGUUUAUCAUCGUAUUAUAAUUGUCACGGUAUUUUAUAGAAGAGUAUUUUUUUUGUGAAAGUUCAUUGUAUAGAGCAAGUAUAAAAAUAUAUGAGUGUUGCAUCACUUUACAAAUAAUCUUUCAUUUGGCAUACAGAGAAACGAACAUACGUAUAUACAUCCGGAGAGAUGAACAAUGAAGAACUCUUUACAUCGAAAAUUUACUGAUCCAAAAUAAUACUUAUUCAUGUAAUAUGUACAAUAUUUGUUUUUUUCAUUGACUUUUUUUGGUACUGAUUAUUUAUAAAAGUAUAUCAACAAAAUUCCCUUUAUAGCUAUUUACAUUAUAUUCAUUGCACUUGGAGCGAUAGCAAUUGUACGUAGAGGAAAUUAUGCUAAGGUUUCAAGAAAUGCAAUAUAUUACGUAAUAACUAAAUAAUAUUGUUAUUAAUAAUUAUUAAAAAUCACGAUAAUGUUAAAACUAGGCUGUAACUUCAUACUGCUAGUCACGAAAAUCUAUUUGAUAAAAUAAACAUUAAUAAUUUUA